UCACAUCUCGUGACCUCCCGUUAACCUCCGUGCGGGUAAAAACCCCGCUCUCUUAUUGGCUGACGGUCGACCUGCAGACAGGUGAGGAUGGCAGCUCGUGCUGACAUGGUGCUGCUGCUGCUGAGUGGUUCGGUUCUGCUCGGACUCUCCGCCGGUCCCGGACACUCCUCUUCCUCCUCGGCUCCGGAUUCUGAGCGCGGGAGGAUGGAGCUGCGGCGCGUGCGCACCCUCGCGGCUCAGUCCCGGUACGGAGAGUGUUGGGCGCGAGCUCUGGAGCACCUGGACGCGAGCUGCAGGGACUUGACGUCGGAGAGCCAGAGCUUGAUCGCGCUGCGGUUCACCCACUGUCAACUGAGCAGCUCAGGCAGGGAUUUCCCAGCAUGCCCUGAGGGGUCAGAGGUCAGCAGAUGUACAGCUGGCAUGGACACAGUGGCGUUUAACAGCUACACAGAGUUCUUCACACACACUCACUCCAUGUGCCACUUCCUGCAGUCUGAGGCCUGGCAGCGCCAAGCAGAAAACACCAUUUACAGGCUGACUGAGAGCUCGGCAGGUGUAGCCGAGCAGCUUCAGUCCACCAGGCUGAUGGCUGAGGACCUGAUCGAGGCCCAGAGUGCUGCAUUGCAGGCGCAGAAGGCGAUCCUGUCCAAUGGCGAGGAACUCAGAGUCACACUCAGAGACUCAACACGGGGUCUGCGGUCGGUGUUCUCAGAGCUCAGCAGCACCUCGAGGGAGCAGCAGGUGGCGCUGUCCGAACUCUUCAACAGAGUUUCCUUUUUGCAGAGUUUCCUUCUGAUGGAAACUCACAGCCUGAGCUCCUGCUGCUACAACGCCGCUGCCCUCUGCACCUCCUUCCUCAUCACCUCCACCCCACGCUCCUCCAGAGCCAGGUUGGUGUUGUUGAGUUUAGUAUGUUUGAAUUUCUACCUGGAGAGAAAGAUCUACCAGUUUGUGCUGAGCUCUGAUAAUCCUGAGCACCAACACAUGGAGCUGCUCACUGUGUACGUGAGUGCGUUGAGGCGAUUCAUGGUGUGUGUUGGAGUGUGUGUUCUGCUGGUGGUGUGUGUGCGCUACAGGGACCCGGUGCAGCAGAGUCUGCAGGUGCUGCAGCAGCUCAGAGAGACUCAGAGGAGCCUGCAGGAGGCGCUGCAGCAUGCAGAGAGUUUAGGGGAGCGACGGAGGACGGCAGAGGACGAUCAGCUUCCUGUGAAGAUGAGAUCAGAGAGCAGAAGAAGAGAGGAGAUGCUGAGGAGGAAGGAGGAAAGAAGAGAAGAGGAAGACAAGGAGGACAUAUAUCCCACCACCGGUGGCUCAGACCCAUCGAACCUCUCGCACUUCGGUUGGAGCAGCGACAGCAUCCUCAGCAGCACCGAGAACGCCUCAUCAGCCGACUCCACCCUCAGGAACGGUUCCCACAACGCCUCAGUGCGUCAGAGUCCAGGCAGGCGUCCUCGUCGCUCAUCCUCUCGCCGUCCUCGGUCUCCCCCCUCCUCCCCGCUGGUGUACAGCAUCCUGGUGGAGGACAAACAGCCUCGUUACAGCCUGAGGAGCAGAAGGUCGGACAUUCACUGACUCAUCAUUUAUGUUCUCGUUUUUCUACUG